AUGGAGAUGAAGAAAUUUCAGGUAUCGUACGUGGAACUGGUUCAUCAAGGUAGUUGUCAAGCAAGUUGCUUCCAACAGGUGGAGGAAACCGGUUCUACUUAUGGUUCCGUAGGUGCUUCUGCUGGUUCUAAGGAGUUAUUUCAGAGAUUAACUCAUGAUAUGGUGCUGCCUAAAGUGGUACCAAUUCAAGGUAAUAAAGUGACAAAGCUUUCACUACAUUUAAUCGAUGGCUAUGAAUGCUACUAUACCACGGCCCCCACUGAAGAUGGUGUUGGAUUUGACGUACUGGUAAGUUUUACAAGGGCACACGUCCCUAAAAUUCUGCCCAUUAGGCUUCUUAGCGAGCUAAAAGAUCCACCAUUGCCUCACACUGAUAGUCAAUUAAACCAAAGAAUAUGUAAUGUGCUCGACAGAUUCCACGGCGAACUGUUAUCGUACAGGGAUAGCGGUGAACAUGGUGACGGUACUGAAGCUGAUUUGCAGGAUAUUUUCCAGGUUAUGAACGACAACAUCGACAAAUUUCUACAGCGUCAAGAGAGAUUAUCACUGCUUGUGGACAAAACAUCACAAUUGAACAACAAUAGCCUUACUUUCAAGAGGAAAGCCAACCGUAUAAGGCAACGUAUGUGGUGGCAUCGUGCUAAAGGUAUCACUUUACUGAUAUUUUCUAUCAUCUUGUGCAUUGGUGCAUUUAUCAUGUUUUUAUACGUACGAUAG